AAAAAAAAAAAAAAAGGGGAAAAAACAGAGGAUGGAAAAUUGAGUCGUGGAUAAGUAGGAGAAAAAACACGCGGAAAAAGGCCAGCCUCUGCUGAGGCCUUAACUUGGUCUGCUCAGAGACUCAAAAUUCAUCAAAACAUUAAACAUGAGAUAAGUAGUAGAGCGAUGGCUUAUCUUCCAUCUCCAAGUGCAUUCACUAUUAAACAUAAUCCAAGAUUCAUAUGCACUCGUCCUUUGAGACCCAAUUCUCUUCACAAUCUCUGUUUCUUCACAAACCGUCUCAAGAAUCACCCAGCAAAGUGCCAUGCAUUCUUUGGAAACAUUCCUGAUGCUUUGGAGGAAACUAUUCCCUUGGACCAGUUCCCACUUUUACGAUCUGGGUAUAUGCAAUUUCAAAACUUCACUGAGGAUUUAUCAGAGGCUCAGAAAUGGGGAUUUCUGGUUUUUGCUGGUUUUACAUGGAUAUACCUGACAGCUAGGCCUGGUGUUCUUAUCGGUGCCAUUGAUGCAUACCUUCUUGCUCCUCUUCAACUGGGUUUCAACAGUCUAACUGGAAAGACAAGCUUGAAGAGAAGUGAUUUUGUAGUGGGUAAUAAAUUGGGUGAAGGAUCUUUCGGUGUUGUUUAUUCUGGUGCCAUUGUUCCAAAGAAUCUGAUUGUUGAAGAUAAGGUGCAGAAGGGACGAAGAGGCAAAUCAAUGGAGUUAGACAAAAAGUUGAAGGAUAAGGUCAUUCUUAAAAAGGUGAAGGUUGGAAUUCAAGGGGCUGAGGAAUGUGCUGAUUUUGAGGAGUGGUUUAAUUAUAGGCUAUCAAGAGCAGCUCCUGAAACAUGUGCUGAGUUCCUUGGGAGUUUUAUUGCUGACAAAACCAGUUCACAGUUUACAAAGGGUGGAAAAUGGCUUGUCUGGAAGUAUGAGGGAGAUCAAAGUCUUGCAGAUUACAUGAAAGAUCGAAACUUCCCAUUCAACUUGGAGUCUGUCAUGUUUGGACAAGUAUUACAAGGAGUAGAUACUGUAAAACGGAAUGCAUUGAUCAUCAAACAAGUAAUGCGUCAAAUUAUUACUUCGCUAAAGAAAAUCCAUGACACAGGAAUUGUUCAUCGUGAUGUAAAACCAGCCAACUUAGUGGUUACAAAACGUGGACAGAUUAAGCUUAUUGAUUUUGGUGCAGCCACAGACCUGAGGAUAGGCAAGAACUAUGUGCCAAACCGUGGCUUGCUUGAUCCUGACUAUUGCCCCCCUGAAUUAUAUGUUAUGCCAGAGGAAACACCAAGUCCUCCUCCAGAGCCAAUUGCUGCCUUACUUUCUCCUAUACUUUGGCAGCUUAACAGUCCUGAUCUGUUUGAUAUGUAUUCUGCUGGAAUUGUACUCUUACAAAUGGCAGUUCCAACUUUAAGGUCUACAGCAGGUCUAAAGAAUUUCAAUUCAGAACUAAAAGCAUUUAAAUACGACUUAAAUAAAUGGAGGGAGUAUACUCGGCGAAUCCCUGAUUUAACAAUUCUUGACCUCGACUCGGGUAGGGGGUGGGAUUUAGCAACAAAGCUAAUCUCAGAAAGAGGUUUCCUUAGAAGAGGGCGUUUAUCAGCUGAUGCUGCUUUAAGACAUCCUUAUUUCUUGUUAGGUGGUGACCAGGCAGCUGCAGUUCUUUCAAAAUUCAGCUUUAGCAGAGACUGAUCGAGCUGAAUGAGGAUGCAAGUACAUAUAUAUUCCUUCUUUUUGUUUUCUCUUUUUGUAAUUUUUUUUUUUUUCAUUAUUUUGAUUUUCUGGUUCCCAUAUGUUGUUUUCAAAGGUGACAUUUUUUGUUCAUAUUAAUUGGUGAACCCUGGUGGAUCCUUGAAAAUGAAAAUCCAAACUGAUAAAAUGAGUUUAAAUAGUAA